AUGGCAACCAAGAAUUAUCUUCAGGUUGUCUUAGUCUUCGCUCUUAGUAUUGGUGCUCUUGUAAUAUACUUCAUAGAUUCGUCAAACCCAAUAGAAUCUUGCCAGAAUUUCUAUAAAGAUUUCACGUUACAGAUCGACAUGGCUUUCAACGUGUUCUUCCUACUCUACUUUGGCUUGCGGUUCAUCGCAGCCAACGACAAGCUUUGGUUCUGGCUGGAAGUAAACUCAGUGGUAGACUUCUUCACAGUCCCUCCAGUGUUCGUUUCAGUGUAUCUAAACAGAAGUUGGCUGGGUUUAAGAUUUUUACGAGCGCUUAGGCUGAUACAGUUCUCAGAAAUUUUGCAGUUUCUGAAUAUCCUUAAAACAAGUAAUUCCAUCAAGUUGGUGAAUCUGUGCUCUAUAUUUAUCAGCACGUGGCUGACAGCGGCUGGAUUUAUACAUUUGGUGGAGAACUCAGGGGAUCCAUGGGAAGACUUCAGAAACAACCAAGCGCUUACUUAUUGGGAAUGUGUUUAUUUACUGAUGGUCACAAUGUCCACUGUUGGUUACGGAGACGUUUAUGCAAAAACAACCCUCGGUCGCCUUUUCAUGGUCUUCUUCAUCCUCGGUGGAUUGGCCAUGUUUGCCAGCUACGUCCCCGAAAUCAUAGAGUUAAUAGGAAACCGCAAGAAAUAUGGUGGUUCCUAUAGUGCGGUUAGUGGAAGAAAGCACAUAGUUGUCUGUGGUCACAUCACAUUGGAAAGUGUCUCCAACUUCCUGAAGGACUUCCUACACAAGGACAGGGAUGAUGUCAACGUGGAGAUCGUCUUUCUGCAUAAUAUCUCCCCUAACCUUGAGUUGGAAGCUCUUUUUAAACGACACUUCACUCAGGUGGAAUUUUUUCAGGGUUCAGUUCUCAAUCCGCAUGACCUGGCUAGAGUAAAGAUAGAGUCAGCAGACGCGUGCCUCAUCCUUGCCAACAAAUACUGCCCAGACCCGGAUGCGGAAGACGCCUCCAAUAUUAUGAGAGUAAUUUCCAUCAAGAAUUACCAUCCGAAAAUAAGAAUAAUCACCCAGAUGCUGCAGUAUCACAACAAGGCCCAUCUGCUCAAUAUCCCUAGCUGGAACUGGAAAGAAGGGGAUGAUGCGAUUUGCCUUGCAGAGCUGAAGCUGGGCUUCAUCGCCCAGAGCUGCCUGGCCCCGGGCCUCUCCACCAUGCUGGCCAACCUCUUCUCCAUGAGGUCAUUCAUCAAGAUCGAGGAGGAUACAUGGCAGAAAUACUACCUGGAGGGAGUCGCGAACGAAAUGUAUACAGAGUAUCUUUCUAGUGCCUUUGUCGGCUUGUCCUUCCCUGCUGUUUGUGAACUUGUCUUUGCGAAGCUGAGGCUCUUAAUGAUAGCCAUAGAAUAUAAGUCGGAAAAACGGGAAAGCAGUAUAUUAAUCAAUCCUGGAAACCAAGUGAAGAUUCAAGAGGGUACCUUAGGAUUCUUCAUUGCAAGCGACGCCAAAGAAGUAAAAAGGGCAUUUUUUUACUGCAAGGCCUGUCAUGAUGACAUCACAGAUCCCAAAAGGAUAAAAAAGUGUGGCUGCAAACGACUUGAAGACGAGCAGCCCUCGACGCUGUCACCGAAAAAGAAGCAACGAAAUGGAGGCAUGAGGAAUUCACCCAACUCCUCGCCCAAGAUGUCUAGACAUGACCCCUUAUUAAUACCGGGCAACGAACAAGUUGACAACAUGGAUUGCAGUGUGAAAAAAUACGACUCCACGGGCAUGUUCCAUUGGUGUACAUCCAAGGAUAUUGAAAAGGUUAUUUUGACCCGAAGCGAAGCAGCCAUGACGGUGUUGAGCGGACACGUGGUCGUGUGCAUAUUUGGGGACGUGACCUCAGCCCUGAUCGGAUUGCGAAACUUUGUGAUGCCGCUGCGAGCCAGCAACUUCCACUACCAUGAGCUCAAGCACAUCGUGUUUGUGGGCUCUCUCGAAUACCUGAGGAGAGAAUGGGAGACGCUGCAUAAUUUCCCCAAGAUCUCCAUCUUGCCCGGUACACCAUUAAGUCGAGCUGAUUUAAGGGCUGUCAACAUCAACCUCUGCGACAUGUGCGUAAUCCUGUCAGCCAAUCAGAAUAAUAUUGAUGAUUCCUCACUGCAGGACAAGGAAUGCAUCUUGGCGUCACUCAACAUCAAGUCUAUGCAGUUUGAUGACAGCAUCGGGGUCUUGCAGGCUAAUUCCCAAGAGCCCUACAUCACCAUUGUCGCCGAACCCAUUGGGAAGCUUGGGUCUAGACACUUGGCCUACCAAUUCUAA